AUGUCACUCGAGAGACCAAGGGAGUAUGUGUGCUACGUCAGCAGUAACCAGGGCUAUGAGGACUGCCAGUGCUUUCUCAACGUAACUGUGAUGGGCAGCCCUCCUCUCCUCUCAGCAGUCAGAACAGAUGCCGACUCUGUGAAUGUGAGCUGUGUUUCCCAUGGAUGGAAGCCAAGGCCCAGGCUACAGUGGUCAGAUGGGAGGCAGACUCUGAAACCUGAGAAGCUGGAAUACAGCAGUGGUGCCCAUGGUCUGGUGUCUGCCCACAGCUGGGUCCUCUCUUCCCCCUCCAGUGCUCCCUGGGUAUCCUGUUCUCUGGUUCUGUCUGAAGGGGAGGAGUUGGAGGGAAGAGUGGACCUACGGAACCUUGGCUCUGUACCAGAGACUUCAUCCGGACUGCAAACAGCUGUCAUCAUUUUAUCUCUGCUUCUGCUCCUGUCAGUUGUCUUCGUCGGUGUACUCUACAAAAAGAGAGGAAACAAAUCAACACAUGUGCCUAAUGGAGAUAUAGAGACUAUGAGACAAGCUGAAGAUAUAGUGGACAUAGAGACUAUGAGACAAGCUGAAGAUUUCGUGGAUAUAGAGACUAUAGAGACUAUGAGACAAGCUGGAGUGGAUGUCACAUUGGAUCCCAAGACAGCUCCUCCUUAUCUGACAGUUGGUUCAACUGGUAAAAUUGUGAGAGACAGUUUAUAUAAUCCAUGUCCUCCAGGUGAACAUGCUUAUAUACUUGGAACACAUGGUUUUACCUCGAGCAGCAAUGCUUACUGGGAGGUGGGACUGGGUGAUCAGAAGGUAGGCGUUAAAGAAUCCUGGUGGGUUGGACUGGCAAGUGGGUCUGUUAAAAGACAAGGUGAUGUACCAGCCACACCUUCCAAUGGUUUCUGGUUCCUGUCCUCAGACAAAGAGAAAGGCUUACGGCUUAAUAUGACCCCCAACAUCCUACUUCCUGCCAAUCCUAGACCUCAGACACUAGGGGUGUAUUUGGACUAUGACAAAGGAGUACUCUCUUUUAUCAAUGUAAAAGACAAUAAACAUAUUGUCACCGUGGGAGCUAUGUUCACAGGGGAGGUGUUUCCUCUUUUUAACCCAGGUAAAGGUGACAGAGCCCCUAUGACGAUAUUAGAUGUCAGCCACUAUAAAACAGAACCUGGACAAGUGACGGUUUCUGAGACAGAGAGACAUGAAGAGACUGAGACUGAUGGUGACAAAGCCCCUAUGACGAUAUUAGAUGUCAGCCACUAUAAAACAGAACCUGGACAAGUGUCUGUUUCUGAAAGAGAGGGUAAUGUCUCUCCACCUGCUGAAGAGGCUGAGACUGAUG